CCAUCUUCUUUAUUUUAUCCUUUCUGUUUUUCUGAUAUCUUGUUUUAAAUGCCAUUGUCUCUCUCUCUCAAGGGUUACUUUGUUCAUUGGAACUACAUGAAAUUGACUUGCAUAAGACAUGACUGCAAAUAGUGGGAGAGAAACUGAGAAACAUCAUAAUAAGAGGAAAACCAAUGACCCUUUACUAAAGUCACCUAGAUUGUGCACACCUAUUAGAAAGGAUUGGCCACAUAUUUUACCAAAUGAUGAUUUGAUUGGUAAUGAGAUUACUGGUUUGACUAGAAAUGUUGCUUCCUUAGCUGGAUCUGGACCAACUAGUACUAGUUUUUGUUCCACCACAGAUCCUAAACACAUUGUUGAAGAGUUACAUGUUAGGAGUUAUAAGCCUCAUAGGAAGAAUCAAUUAGCUAUUAGAGAAAAUGCAUUGAAGGUUGAAGAACAGAUACCACUUAGAUUAAGCAAAGGACAAAAAGGGAUUGAUUCUGAGUUUUUGAGCCUCAAGUCUAUGUCUAGAAAGAACUUGAAUCAUGAACCACAUAGAGUUUUUGGUAAUAUAAGCAAUGCAAAUGUUGUUACUAGUAUAAUGCAAAGAACUUCAUCUACAUCUAGUUAUCCACCAUUGGUAGUAGAGCAAACAAUGAAGGGAAAGGGAAUUAUUUGUAAUGAUUUUAACAUGUCCGGCGCGGAAUGUUUUAAUGAUGGACUAAUCUUAAGAGAGUGGAUGAAGUUUGAAGGCUACAAAAUGAAGAAAUCAGAAAGGCUAUAUAUAUUUAAACAGAUUUUGGAAUUGGUUGAUUUUGCACACUCUCAAGGAUUUGUCUUGCAAGACAUGAAACCAUCUUGUUUCGCCUUAUUGACUUCGAAUAAAAUUAAGUACAUUGGUUCAUACCAACAAGUGUUAGAUGACAGAAAAUCAUGUUUCACUUUAUUUAAGUCAUGCUUUAUGGCCAUCAUGACAUGCAAUGUGACAAAGAAAAUGCCUUGGGAACAAGAUACUUGUGCUUGCCAAAGUUUGAGUACAAAGAAGCAAAAGCUUUGUGAGGAGACAACCUCUCUUAAGCAGCAGCAUCAUUUCAAUUGUAUUCACGGCUGUAGGACUACAACAUUGAAUCAAACUGAUUCUGACACAAACAUGCACAUGGAAUCAAAACAUGCUUUUACAGAAGAAAAGCAGUUUAUAUGUGAAACCAUUGAGUUAGAGGAGAAGUGGUAUUCUAGUCCAGAAGUGCUCAGUGAUGGAACUUGUACAUUUUCAUCAAAUGUUUAUAGCCUUGGAGUUAUUCUUUUUGAGUUGCUGUGCAAUAUUGAGUCAUUGGAAGCACAUUCAACUGUGAUGUUUGAUAUGCGCCAUAGAAUCUUACCGCCAAAAUUUCUAUCUCAAAAUGCAAAGGAAGCUGGCUUUUGUCUAUGGCUUCUGCACCCUGAACCUUCUUCUCGUCCGAAUACCAAGAUGAUUUUAGAAUCUGAAUUUAUAUGCGAAUUAGAGGAAUCAAAUGCUGCAGAUAAUGUUAUAGUAUCUGAAGAAGAUGUAGCUGAAAAAGAGGAAUUACUACAUUUUCUAUUUUCAGUUGAAGAAGAAAAGAAAAAAGAUGAAGCCAAAUUGGCAGAAGAGCUAAAGUGCUUGAAUGAAGAUAUUAAGGAGCUAGAAAGAAAUCAUUCAUAUAUGACUAAUUCAGCCUUUUCUUUGGCACAGUUGAACUAUCAACAUUUUCAAGAUUCUUCAAAUGCAGCUAUUACUAAAUCUAUUCCAAUGUCAUUUGUUGAUGAAGCAAGAUUUAUGAACAAUAUAACUCAACUAGAGAAUUGUUACUUUUCCAUGAGAUUCCAAGGCCUGCUCAAGGAGGCUUCAGUUGUUAAAAGCGGUGAUAAAAGUGUGAUGGAAAGUAGAUGGAGAUUGCCUCAUUUAGAGAAUGUUAUUAAUAAUCCAAAGAGAGUUCAAGGUUCUACUGGUUGUCUAGGACCAUUCUUUGAAGGUUUAUGCAAAUUCGCUCGUUACAACAAGUUUGAAGAGCGUGGAACAUUGAGAAAUAGAGAUCUUCUUAGUUCUUCCAAUGUGAUAUGCGCCUUAAGUUUUGACCGCGAUGAGGACUACAUUGCAGCAGGUGGAAUUUCAAAGAAAAUAAAGAUAUUUGAUCUCAAUGCUAUUUCAAGUGAUUCUGUAGACAUUCAGUACCCCGUUGUCGAGAUGUCCAACAAAUCGAAGCUUAGUUGUGUUUGCUGGAACAGUUAUAUUAAAAACCAUUUGGCAUCUACUGAUUAUGAUGGUGUGGUUCAGAUGUGGGAUGCAGGCACUGGUCAGCCACUGUCUCAAUACAAGGAGCACCAAAAGAGAGCUUGGUCCGUUCACUUUUCGGUGUCCGACCCAAAAACGUUUGCCAGUGGAAGUGAUGAUUGCUCUAUCAAACUGUGGAAUAUCAGCGAGAGAAAUUCUAUAGGAACCAUAUUGAGUCCUGCAAAUGUAUGUUGUGUUCAGUUCUCUUCAUACUCCACAAAUCUUUUGUUUUUUGGAUCUGCUGAUUACAAGGUGUACGGUUAUGAUCUUCGUCACACUAGAAUCCCUUGGUGCACAUUAUCCGGUCAUGAAAAAGCUGUUAGCUAUGUAAAGUUUAUAGAUGCACAAACAAUUGUGUCUGCUUCCACUGAUAACUCUUUGAAGCUUUGGGACCUGAAGAAAACUAGCUCAGCUGAGUUGUCAUCUGAUGCUUGUGACUUAACCUUUAGAGGUCAUAGUAAUGAAAAGAAUUUUGUUGGUUUAUCUGUCUUGGAUGGAUACAUUGCAUGCGGUUCGGAAUCUAAUGAGGUAUACUGUUAUCACAAAUCUCUGCCAGUGCCAAUGGCUUCUCACAAAUUCGAGUCGAUCGAUCCAAUUUCUGGUCAUACAAAUAGUUCUGAUAACAAUGGACAGUUUGUUUCUAGUGUCUGCUGGAGAAAGAAGUCUAACAUGCUUGUUGCAGCCAACUCAGUUGGAAUUGUGAAACUACUGCAGUUGGUGUGAGAGAUAUCAAGCUUUAAUGGGGGAAGGGGGUGGGGUGGGGGGUAUAGAGUUGACAUUGAUUCAUUCAUAGAGGCAUGCAACACUCUGAUUUUCAUAGAUAAGUAAUCUUGUUAAGUGCUAGUUUUCUACAAUACGACAUGAAGAGCACUUUUUCCUAAAAUCUGAACAAAAUGUAUGAAGAAUGUACAUAUAUAGCCUUUUGAAUUGAAUCAAAGGUGAAGCUGCAGCAUGCAGUGCACAAGUUUUCCCUUCAAGAACUUCUCAUAUAUGUGAUGUAUCAUAUAGGUGAACCAGCAUAUUAAAUUUGAAACUAAGUCAAAUGUGUUGUUUUACAGCAUAGCUCCUUCUUGCUCCUAUAUAUCCAUGCUUGUGAGACUGCAGUCUG